GCGCGUGGCUUUGAUGCUUGCUGGUAGUUGCUGCUGUGGCGCCCCGCAGUCCUGUAAGCGGGCGCGGACCCUCGACUACACCACGUCAGGCGUCAGUUUGUCUGUCUCGUGCCUUGUUGGCUUUGCUUCACGAUCUGUUGUGCAUCCCGGUCGCUCGUGCUCACGCCAUGUAACCUGAUCCCUACAUCGCUCAGGUACAUGUCGACAAACACGGACACACCGUUUACGUGCUACCAAUAAGGCUGUCGACCAUUCUGUCUUCUUCCUUUGAUCAGUAUACCCCGCAAUGGCGUCCAGGAAUUCUUGGAACUCUGCCCCCGCCGCAAGUGUCCACCUUCCCAACGGCCAGACCCUCAGCAUAACGCCCGUGUUCGGUGGGCUGUUCUUCAAGAGCAAUGAUCUAACAAACCACCAUUCCCCGUUCCCAGCUGGCUGGACCGUAGUCCUGAACUCGGAGGAUGGGGACUUGGACGAGGAAGACAACCACGAUGACAGCUCCAACGACGAUGCGCGCGUGCCUCCAAAACGAACGCAUCGGUACAGGAAACCCACGUUACACGGCGACCACCUCUACAUCUCGUCGAUAUCGAAUCCCUCGAGCAGCGACUUCAAGCCCGCCACCUCCCCGACGCGCCAGAUCGCCAUGAUGCUGUGGGCAACCUUGUACUGGUACUUCCACCAGCCAGAACCGAGCCUACAUAUUACGACCAAGGAUUCGAUAAAUACCCCCGAGCCUGGAAGGCCAGAAGGCGAGUGGCGCAUCAACGUCAACAGGGAGGGCAUCUUCAAGGGCAAAGUCGUACUGCCCAAACUCGAGCGCAUGGGCCUCAUAACCAGCGAAGACAGCAGCGUGGGCACUGCGCAAGAGGAGGGCAGCCCCGAGGGAUGGACGCGCAUGUUCGUCAGCCGCAGGUCUUUCUGGCAGCUAGACCCCCGCAUAUACCUCUUCACGCUCUCGCCCAUGGCACAAUCGCCCUUUCCCGCCGGCUCGCCCUACCCGUCGCGGCCUGGUAGUCCCGUCUCCGGCGCAGACUCCGAACCGCGAAAAGAAGUCCAGCUCGAUGCCGUCUCGCAAGGUCUCUGGUCGCCGGCCGGCCCAGGCCCCUUCCACUCGACUUCCCACCUGCCAACGUACUAUCCGCCUCCCCCACCGCAGUUCGUCUUCACAAACAACGUGCGGCAUCCACUGAGACCGAAACCCCCUAGGCAGGGCGAGAUCUUCUACACAAGAUACGUACCCAGCUUGUCGCAAUAUCUCUCCUUCCGCGUCGCCUCCGUAUCGAACAAAGCACUCAGACAUCGCGGACCAGUGGCAAGCCACACACCUACACCGCACCGCAACACGCCCCUCCCGGCCUCCGACUCCCACGUCCCCACCGUCUCCUCCCUGAACCUCAACUUGUCCGACCCAGAGUAUCUCCACAAGUGGAUGAACGAGCCGCGCGUGUCCUACUUCUGGGGCGAAUCCGGGCCCGAAGAGCACCAGCUCAAGUUCCUCCAAGCCGGCCUCAAGUCCAAACAUUCUUUCCCCGUGAUCGGAUGCUGGGACGGCCGGCCGUUUGGCUACUUUGAGAUCUACUGGGUCAAAGAGGACAAGUUGGGGCGCUACAUGGAGAACGUGGGGAACUACGACCGGGGGAUCCAUUGUUUGGUUGGCGAGCAGGAGUUUCGGGGGCCGCAUCGCGUCAAGGUGUGGCUGAGUGCGUUGGUGCAUUAUUGCUUUUUGGCCGAUUUGCGGACGGAGAGCGUGGUGCUGGAGCCGAGGGUGGAUAAUGAGAAGCUGGCGCAAUACCUCAUGGACGUGGGGUUCUACAAGGAGAGGGAGAUCAGCUUUCCGCACAAGCAGAGCAAUCUGAUGAAGAUCAAGAGGGAUGCGUGGGAUGGGCCGUAUCUCUAGGGGCGCUGCGGAGCCCGAGGUUACGUCUGGCAUAUGGAAAACGGCGGCUUGAGUUUGAGAUUUCCACAGCUCGCAGCGACCUGCAGCAAUGCA